AUGAUUUUAAGCUUUCUCUGUCUGUUGCUUCUCCUAGCUCUGGUCAAGACCUUUCAUAAGCUAUGGUGGACUCCGACUCGCAUUCAGAAACUGAUGGCUCUGCAGGGAAUUCAAGGUCCUUCUUACAGACUUAUAUAUGGGAAUACCAAGGAAAUCUCCAACAUGCAAAAGGAAGCAAUGAGGAGGCCCAUAAAUCUAUCACACGAUAUAUUUCCUAGAGUUCAACCUCAUAUUCACACAUGGACCAAGAGCUAUGGGAGGAAUUUUCUUCAAUGGUAUGGUCCACAACCUGUUUUGGUUGUUACAGAACCUGAGCUGAUCAAAGAGAUCGUCAAUAACAAAGAUGGAGUAUAUCCAAAACAGAGGCCUAGUAACUUUAUGAAGAAGCUAGUAGGAGAUAGCAUUACCAUCACAGAAGGUGAAAAGUGGGCGAAGUUGAGAAAGUUGUCGAACCAUGCCUUUCAUGGAGAGAGCUUAACAAACAUGUUCCCAGACAUGAUAGCUAGUGCCAAGGCGAUGGCCGAAAGGUGGAAAAAUCAGGAAGGAAAAGAGAUUAAUGUAAAUGAGGAAUUCAGAUUGUUCACUUCGGAAGUGAUUUCCCGGACAGCAUUUGGCAGCAGCUAUUUAGAAGGACAGAAAAUAUUUGAAAUGAUGAUGAAGUUCUACCCUUUAUUGUACAAAAGCUUUCUCAAAGUCAGGUUUCCUGGCAUGAGCAAAGUUUUUAGAACCAGUGAUGAGAUUGAAUCAGACAAGCUUGAGAAAGGAAUACGGGACUCCAUAAUGGAGAUGGUUAAGAAAAGAGAACAGAAGGCAGUGGCUAAGAGUGGGGAAGAAGAAAUCUUGGGAAGCGAUUUUCUAGGAUUGCUUUUGAAGGCUCAUCACAGUACUGAUGAGAAGAAUCAGAUUUCAUUGAAUGAAUUAGUUGAAGAAUGCAGGACAUUUUACUUUGCUGGACAAGAGACCACUAAUACUCUACUUGCUUGGACUGUUGUUCUCCUGGGACAACACCAAGAUUGGCAAGAGGAAGCGAGAAAAGAAGUCCUACAAUUAUUUGGGAAACAAAAUCCAAAACCUGAUGGCAUUUUAAAACUCAAGAAAAUGAGCAUGAUCAUCAAUGAGACUCUAAGGCUCUAUCCUCCUGCUACUCUGCUGCGAAGGAAAGUUGCAAGGGAAGUUAGACUGGGGAAACUCCUCCUUCCUGCAAAUGUUGAAUUGCUUGUCACACCUUUAGCACUUCACCAUGAUCCUCAAUUAUGGGGACAAGAUGCUGCACUUUUCAAGCCAGAGCGAUUCUCUGAAGGGGUUUCUAAAGCUACCAAGGAUAAUAUGGCCGCAUUCAUGCCAUUUGGAUUGGGACCUAGAAUGUGUGUAGGUAUCAGCUUUGCUGUGACUGAAGCCAAGAUUGCUCUGUCUAUGAUUCUACAACGCUACUCAUUUACCCUUUCCCCAGGCUAUGUCCAUUCGCCAUCUCAGUUUCUUACUAUUCGUCCACAACAUGGAGUUCAAGUAAUUCUACAGUCUCUUUGAGCUGUGAAGAACUUCACAUAGAAACUGGUGCUAGCUUACCAAAUUGCAGCUGCUAAGCUGAUUACAAGAAUUAAUAAACUUUUAAUCGAAAAAAAAAAAGAAUCAAUA